AUGGUGUUUGCAUGUGCCUGCUCCAAGGUCCUCCCAACCACCUUCCCCUGUGUCCUUUACAGAUGUGGAGGUACAGUGGGUGCAAUUUUGACUUGUCCUCUGGAAGUGGUGAAAACAAGACUACAGUCCUCCUCCAUCACUCUCUACAUCUCAGAAGUCCAGCUUAGCACCGUCAAUGGUGCCAGCGUGGCCCGUGUUGCUCCACCAGGGCCUCUGCACUGUCUCAAGUUGAUUUUAGAGAGAGAAGGGCCCCGUUCACUCUUCAGAGGACUGGGACCCACCCUUGUUGGUGUGGCACCUUCCAGGGCGAUCUAUUUUGCAGCCUAUUCAACAGCCAAGGAGAAGCUGAAUGGGGUGCUGGAGCCAGACUCUACCCCAGUGCACAUGGUGUCAGCUGGGAUGGCAGGGUUCACAGCCAUCACCGCCACCAAUCCCAUCUGGCUGAUUAAGACCCGUCUGCAGCUGGAUGCCAGAAACCGGGGUGAGCGGCAGAUGAAUGCUUUCGAGUGUGUGCGGCGGGUGUACCAGAUGGACGGCCUGCGUGGUUUUUACAGGGGUAUGUCGGCCUCCUAUGCCGGCAUCUCUGAGACUGUUAUCCAUUUUGUCAUUUAUGAGAGCAUCAAACGUAAACUGCUCGAGUACAAGGCCCACUCAAGCAUGGACGAAGAGGACGAGUCGGCCAAAGACGCCUCAGACUUUGUAGGCAUGAUGCUUGCAGCAGCCACCUCCAAGACCUGUGCCACCUCAAUAGCCUACCCUCAUGAAGUGAUACGAACACGGCUACGAGAAGAGGGCAGCAAGUAUCGCUCCUUCUUCCAAACUCUGAUCACAGUACCCAGAGAGGAGGGAUACCGGGCGCUGUACCGCGGCCUAAUCACCCACCUUGUCAGACAAAUCCCCAACACCGCCAUUAUGAUGUGCACCUAUGAAGUGGUGGUCUACCUGCUUGGCCGUUAGCCCCCAGCCACAUAUUCUUCCUACAACUAAAGGAGGAUGCAUUGAGCAAAUGACUGAGAAAGUUGCUCCUUUUUUCGCAAGUGGGCAUGAAAUGUCAAAAUUAAGACCAAAGGAAAACUGAAGAUGCUCUUGUGGACCAGAUACAAGGACAAAUGGAAAUCACAUGAAAUAGAAAGGAAAGGAAAAAAAAAAAGUUAACAUAUUAGCAUCACCAGCCCCAGUUCCCUUUUAUUAACCUGACUGAAGACAUGGAGGGCACUGUAGGUCACAGAUGAUUAUCAUUAUUGUCGGUUGGUACAAGAGAAAAGUAAUGACAGGAAAGACGAUGAAAACACAAGGCACCUCUGAAAGAAACUAUUUAAGCACAUUUCAGUGGCCUUAACAAAGGUUUAACUUGCGUCAUUGUCUUUAAAUAAAGAGUAAAAGUCACUUUCAUAUAGACGAUAUUGUAACGGUGGAAAGAUGGUAACUAAAUGUAGGUCAGUCUCAAUUACAAAAGAAUCCCCACUUGGCACUAUCUGUCUGCACCAGUCUGCCCUCGCCUCAUUGCUGUGCAACUACUGUAUGAAUAGGCAGUUUAAGGAAUGUUGAUUUAAGGUUGAAUGUGGCAUCGUAAGAACUCACCCACCCUUGUCGGGUUCCCACAGAAAGUGUGGCUUCAAACAUUCCCCUCUGAAUCACUAAAGCCACCCUCCUCGUUAAGUCCCGUCACACAAGCCUCAGGCUCUCGUGAUCAUGAACAGUAGCUUCAAAAGCCGACCUUCAUUCACUGUUUGAUUCCUGCGCAGCUCAACAUCCGGCAGUGGUGACGCGGUGAGGCUGAAGUUGGCCUGCGUCUUUGACCGCUUCGUCGAAACUUAACGAUCAAAUAGAAGGCCAUCUUCUUUCUGUCCGCAGUCACUGCUCAGGACGUCUGUGAAAGCGAGAGACCUCUGUGUAAGAGGUGUGUGACUCCCAAAGUAACUUGUAUUAUUAGAGUGCCCGCUACUUGAAUGAUAAUGUGACGGCGUGGGGAGGAGGUUGUGAGUGGGUGAAUGUUUCAUCUUCGUGUGUGUGUGUGUGUGUGUGGGGGGUUACAUGUUGGUCACUUUCAUCAUAACGGUCUAUGUAGAAGAAUGUGUGUGUGUGGCUGCAGUCAUGUGUGCCUGCAUGUAUAAUAAAUAUCUGCUCCAGAUUUCCUUUCUCCAACUAUUAAUCUUGCAGGACACUGAGAGUGUGGGAGAGCUCCUGUGUGACACUGUGAGUGUUCAUUCCCACUCUCACGACGCUCCGUUCUUCCAGUGGCUUCCCUCUGACCCGAUAACGUGCACUUUUGUGGCCUUUUAGGGCUUGUGCUUAGCAUUUUGUUGCGUGGACAGUGCAAACUUUUACAUUGUGAAAGAAAAAAAAGUAUUACUGUAUGUCAAAAUGGUAUUUUUUUGCGCCACUGUUCUUACAGCAGAUAUAUUUUACAGUUCUCAGUUUGUGAAGGACGUCCAAAUGUGUUUAUAUAAUAUGUAUAUGCAUAUCUUUUUUUUCUUCUCCCCCAAAGGCCCACGUAUGAUCAUCAAGUUUGCGCUUGCAAAUUGUUUUCGUUUUUUUUGUGCAAUUUAACCUUGUUCUGACAUGGACAAGUUGCAUGAGUGAUUAAGUUAAAAAAAUAAAUAAAGAUGUUUUGCACUUGUAUGAUGCUGUAUGAUGUAAGCUGCCAUGCAAAUAUGUGUGCAUUAAAGGCUGCAGAACAAAUACUUUGAUAGAAGCAUUUGUACUGGAGCACUGGGUUUUUCAGCGUUCAUUAAGUGUUACAUUUAGCAAUGUUUUGGAUGUUUCUGCCAUUUUUGAUGUUUACAUUGUUUUAAGUGUCUGUCUGAUUGUUGUUGUUUUUUUUGGCCUUUCUAGCAACAUGUCUUGAAUAUCUGGAUGGAAGUGUUUUAAUGUGAGAGUUCAAGAACUGGAAUCUAUGCAGAUUACCACAGUGACUCAAUCGGAGAGACGCAGAAUUUACAACGCUUAUCUGUUACGGAAGAGAUAUUAACAUUUGCAAAAAAACAAACAAGC